UUUAUAAUAGUCAUAACUCUUUUAUUUAUUAAAAAAAAAAAUUUGGCCCGGUCCACUGCCUCCGCCAAAACUCACAAAUUUGAUAAAUUUUUUAUUCCGCCAAAACUCACAAAUUUGAUAAAUUUUUUAUUCGGCGGAUUUUAAAUUCUAAUCUACCUGUCUUUCUUAGCAAAUUCGGCGGAUCAGCUGGGAUUAGACCGUUUUGCCACCCCUAACUCUUCAGCACAUCAUUUCCUAUUAAAAAUAAAAGAUCGAGCAGCGUUAACUUCAUUCAGCUGCUACUAUAGCUUGAAACUGAGUCUGAAACCUUACUAUAGAGCAAAGACUUGAGACUUGAUGAGAUCACAGAGCCAUAAGAGCCCUUUACGCCUGAGGAAAAUAAACGAAGCCCAUUCCUUUAAAAAGUGAAAAAGGAGCAUGAGAAUUAAAGCAUUUACGCGCUAACACCAUUCAAUCAAGAACCAACAGUCAGCACUGCAAGGCUUGUUCAAGUGGCAUGACCGUUGGUCUAUGAAUCCAUAUAAUAUGUGUGUGAGUUGAGUGUUAUGAACCCAAAAAAAAAAAGACUCUAAAAAAUAAAAUAAAAUAUUUAUUUAUUUAUUUAUUUAUAAUAAUUUUCCUUCUCACUCUUUUGCGCACACAGAAACAGUCACCUACAAACUUUCUGUCUGCGACUGUUGCUGUCUGCAAUCCCUGACUCUCAAGCACUCACUCCAAUGAACCAUUCUUCCAGAUCCACCACCGCCGUUUCCCACCAUAAUGACCAUUCUGCCCCUCCCGAAUCCAAAAUCUCCAACCCCGCUCUUACCAUCCAAUCCGCCUUCCGCGCCCACCGCAUCCGCACCCUCUACCGCAAGAUCUCCACCGUCGAUUCCGAGGCCGACCGCCUCCAGCGCCUCAUCCAGAGGCAAGAAACCGUGGACGCCGUCCGCACCAACCCACUUCAGAAGCUCGCCAUCAACGAGUCCCUCAUGUCCCUCCUCCUCACUCUCGAUUCUGUCCCCGGAUUCGAUCCAACGGUCAGGGAAGCUCGCCGGAAGAUAACACGCCGGAUCGUGAGCCUCCAGGAGAUCCUGGACUCCGUGUCCGAGUGCAAGUUCGAUGAAUCGGGUUGGUGGAACAGUUACGACGACGUUUUGGUGAGGAAUUGGGACCAGGUGAUUGAAGACAUGGAGGAGAGUGUUUGCAGGGAGAGAGGUGGCGAUGAUAUGGAUAAGUUCUGCGCCCAAUAUUUAGGGUUCCGCUGCCUUCAAAGGUUCCUUCGUGAACCCUGAUUUCAAUUGCCCCCUUCAACAUGUAUAAGUUACUUUGUUGCUUGUGUAUGAAUAUUUUAUUCUCUAUAA